CUUGGUCCGUGGUACACCGUCCUCACCAAAUAAAAAUAAAAAUAUUGAACUUUGUCAAAGUCCGAUUGUUUGGGAUUUGGGUCGGAUCGGGUUGGGUCAACAUUUACCAACAACGGUGUGAAAAUAAUUAAACUUAUCGUUAUUAAAGCAAAACAGAAUAUAAUCACAUCCAUUACUGUGUCUGGGCGACGUGAUUAAAGCUUCUAAUAAAAACCCUAAUUUUGAUCUGUCAAGACUGGAACAAUAACGAUCUACCUUCCAAGUGAACUUUAAACUGACUUACAAUGGAAUUGGCAGAUAGGGUUGUUGGAUUUGUUUUAGCGAGCAUCAGCGUGACCAUUUUCACAUAUUACACCUUUUGGGUUAUUAUAUUGCCCUUUGUUGACAAAGACCAUUUUGUACACAAUUACUUCUUACCUCAAGAAUUUGCAAUCUUGCUACCUGUUUAUGCGGGAGUCGUUCUCAUUUGCUUCUUGUCCGUGUUUAUUGGGUAUGUGAUGCUUAAAUCCAAGAAGAAGAAAGCCUAGCUAAUGCAACAUCUGCACUGAAAUUUUGAGUUGACAUCUAAACACAUAUAAUAAGAUAUGAUCAAGAAAAGGAGCUGACAUCUCAGGCACAAUACAUCGUAAAUUUUUUAAUCCCUAGGUUUGCUUGUAUAAAAAUGUCGAACACAUUAGCACCUUGUACAAUAUAGCAUUAGUUGUAGAUAUCUGGAACAGGCUCAUGUUGUAAGAUCUGUUUUUAUGGCUGUUUUAGCCCUUUUAAACUGCACCUUGCACCUA